CUUCCUCCACGGCUCCGCCUCCAACCGUCGCGACCUGCAUGCAACAGCCUCCACCACCCGCCGCGCCGCGCCGCCUGCCGCCUCCAACCGCCGCCGCGCGAACGCCGUCUCCCUCCGCCUCUGUCCACCGGCUUCGCGAGGUUCUGUUGAUUGAGCUAAGAGAUUUAGUGUUGGUUGCGGGCAGAGAAGCCGCAGACGAACGACGC